UUUUCUUCUGGAGAUAUAAUUUUUUUUUUCAUCUCUGUCCUUUUUUUGGAUAAGGGGAGGGGAGGGAGGUGGAGGUGCUGCACUGCCAAGUUUGUCAUGGAUCUGAAGGGGGAGCCUGAGGAUGGAGUCUCCCAGCCGCCACCCGCUUUGGACGCCUUUGCCAGCCGCUCCACGCUGCACGGCAUCUCGCACAUCUUUAGCUCGGGGCGCUUCCGCGUCAAGCGCUGUUUCUGGCUCUGCUGCUUCCUCGGAUCCUUCAGCAUCCUGCUCUAUGUGUGCGUGGACCGGGUGCACCUCUACCUGCAGUACCCGCAUGUCACGAAGCUGGACGAAGUGGCCGCGCCGGUCAUAAUCUUCCCGGCUGUUACCUUCUGCAACCUCAACGAGUUCCGCUUCAGCCGGGUGACACGCAACGACUUGUACCACGCUGGGGAGCUUCUGGCGCUGCUCAACCACAGGUAUGAAAUCUCAGACCCACACAUGGUUGAUGAGACCGUCAUGGAGGUGUUAAAGGAUAAGGCCAACUUCCUCAACUUCAAGCCAAGGUCCUUCAACAUGCUUGAGUUCUAUGAUCGCGCCGGCCAUGACAUUCGAGACAUGUUGCUCUCCUGCCGCUUCCGUGGAUCUGUUUGCUCUGCUGAGGAUUUUAAAGAGAUAUUUACUCGCUAUGGGAAGUGUUAUACUUUCAACUCCGGCCUGGACAACAAGCCUCUGCAGAUGACAGUCAAGGGAGGGAUGGGAAAUGGCCUGGAGCUGAUGCUGGACAUCCAACAGGACGAAUACUUACCUGUGUGGGGAGAGACAGAUUCCAGUGUUGCUUCCCCAGAAGACUGUAGUGUAGAUCACCACACAGGCUACUAUGGACUGGUAGAACAUUUCCAUCAGCUUGCUGUCUAUGAUGGACGAGUCAUCUGA